AUGAUUCCAGAGCACUCACAAUGUUCGCAACUGGAGAAGACUCGUCUUGGUGCGAUUUCUGACUUCAAGGAAGGCGAAAUGCGCGAGGUGCCUGUCCACGGAGGGCGUGACCUCGUACUCGUUACUAACAUCAAAGGAAAAUUCUACUGCACUGGUGCCAAGUGCCCGCAUUUUGCCGCCUCAUUCCUGGAUGGCGCGUGUACGGAGGAUCACGUGAUAUGUCCGUGGCACAAUGCUAAGUUCGACAUCGCCACCGGUGAAUGCGUCAAUGGACCCUGCUUCGAUGGUAUUCCUAGCUUCACGGUAGAGGUGGACGGUGACUCGCUUUACGCCUACUUGCCACCAACGCCCAUCGCGGAUUGCGUAGACAAACCACGCAAGUGUGAAGAUGCCAAGGAUAAAAGGGUGUUCGUGAUCUGUGGAGGUGGUGCUGCGGCGCACGCCGCGGCGGAGACCCUGCGUCAGGAGGGUUUCGGAGGUCGCAUCCUGAUAUACGGCGACGAGAAAUACCUGCCUUACUACAGACCGCAUCUCACAAAACGCGUUGAGUCAAAGAGUUACGACAAGGUGGCUUCUGAGCAGGCGCUGCGUCCUUUGGCGUGGUACCGAGCAAAUCAGGUGGAGUAUUACGGGGGCAAGCGUGUGACGAACGUGAACCACGAAUCCAAUACAAUCACGCUGGACGACGGUUCAACGGUAAAUUACGACAAGGUACUGGUUGCGACAGGCUCGGUGGCUGCGAAGCUGCCCAUGACCCGGGGCAUGGCGCCACUGUCGAACCAUUUCACGAUAAGAACCGUGGAUGACCUUCGGGAACUUGUUCCUCAAAUUAAGAAGAACUCUAAGGUCGUAAUCGUCGGUGCUAACUUCAUAGGCUGUGAAAUGGCUUCAUCUCUGAAGAGCACGGGUGCCAAUAUCACCGUGAUCACCGACAUGGCUGUGCCGAUGAGCAACAUUAUCGGUGAACGCGGCGGUUCGGCUAUCAUGAAGCUGAUGCAGAACGACGGAGUGAACGUGCUUACUAGCCAGCAGGUGAAGAGUUACACGAUAAAGGGUGGCCGUGUGACACAAGUGGUUACAGCGAAUGCCACGUUGGAUGCCGAUGUGGUCAUCGAGGGUGUCGGUGCGCGGGUAGAAAUGGGACUUCUGAAGUGUGCCGAGGUCAACAGGGACGGCACUAUUAACGUGGAUAGUUCGAUGAGAUGCAAGGGAUGCCCGGACAACGUAUUUGCCGCUGGAGAUAUUGUCACAUACCCAUAUCACGUCGACGGCUCGCCAAUUUCCGUAAAACACUGGAACGUUGCGCUGCAACACGGUCGUGUGGCGGCUAAGAACAUGCUGGGAGGUGACGCCAAGAUGAACAUGGUUCCUUUCUUCUGGUCCAACUUCUUUCGCAAGGGGUUCAGAUUCGCCGGAGUCGCUAACGGGGUGGAAGAUAUCGUAUACGAGGGGGACCUGGAAAAAUACAAGUUUGUUGCCUACUACAUAAAGGCCUCAAAGGUACGUUCGAGUGGUCCCGCCAUCAAUGCUGCUCAGGUGGUAGCGAUGUUGUCCAUGGGUAUGGACAAUGUCGGCGCCAACAUGGCUGAGGCACUGGAUAAGGGAUGCGCGCCUUCUUAUGCAGCGCUGAAGCUCGGCGCGGCAAAUGCAGAAACAAUGCUGCAGUGCCUCCGUAAGCUAAUGCAGUCAUGA